AUGUUAGUUAUGUAUUGGAAAAGAAACUAUUUAUUUCUUCUAUUUAUCUUUGUUACACAAAUCAUAACACAAGAUAUACGUUCAUUUCAUAUGUCUGAAAUGUUUGGUUGGCAAUUUGAAUGUGCUAAUACAACAUGUUUAUCAUUUAUCACUGCUACAGUAUCAAACAUUCGGCAGUGUCGAAUAAAUUGUUUAGCACAAGUUCAAUGUAAAGCAGUUAGUUUUCAUCAAUCAACUUCGAAAUGUGAAUUAUUUGCUAAUAUAUCAAAUGGAAAUGUGAAUAUGUUAGCUAAUGCAGAUAUUAUUACUAUGAUCGUUAUUGAUACAACACAGACCCCAUUGGUGACAACAACAUCAAUAACAAAUUCAGCUAAUCCGAUAUCCAAUGCAAACUCAACAGCAAUACCAAUGUCAUCAACACCAUCAUUAACUUCACCACCAUCAUCUACAUCAUCAUUAACUUCAUCACCAAUAACAUCAUCAUCAUCAUCCACAACAACAACAACAACAUCAUCAGUUACACCGUCAACGACAACUACAACAACAUCAUCAUCAUCCACGUCGUCAACGACAACAACGACAACAACGACGACAACAACAACAACAACAACAACAACAUCGUCAUCCACGUCGUCAACAACAACGACAACAACUACUUGCUACAGUAUGUUCUACAAUCAAACAAUUUACUCAGUUGGCUCUGCUCCCAUAUCAGUGGUAGUAGCAGAUGUAAAUGGUGACAAUAAAUCCGAUAUUGUCGUCGCGAAUCAUGGUUCGGACAAUAUUGGCGUUCUUCUAAAUUCUGGUAGUGGGAUCUUUUCGUCUCAGAUUACCUAUUCGACUGGUUCAGGUUCAGGUCCAUGGUUCGUAGCAGUAGGUGAUAUGAAUCGCGACAAUAAAGUCGAUAUUGCUACUGCAAAUUACGGUGCGACCACUAUCAGCGUUCUUCUCAACAGAGGCAAUGGAACGUUUCUCUCUCAAGUUACUUACUCAGCUCAGUCGUAUGCCUACGCAGUAGCAGUAGCUGAUGUGAAUAAUGAUAACGCGUCGGAGAUUAUUCUUGCAAAUGCUGGAUCAAGUAACGUCGGUGUUUUUAUCAAUAAAGGCGACGGAACAUUUUAUAAUCAAAUUACUUAUACCGUUGGUGCCACUCCGGUGUCAGUACAAAUGGGUGAUUUAAAUAAUGAUAAUAAAAUCGAUAUUAUUGUCGCAAACUAUGGUUCAGGUACCGUCAGUGUUCUGCUAAACAUAGGUAGUGGAACAUUUGCUUCUCAGACUAAUUAUUCAGUUGAUCCAGGUCCGCAAUCGUUAGCAGUAGGUGAUUUCAAUAAUGAUAAUAAAAUCGAUAUUGUCACCGCAAAUGUCGAUUCGAACUCCGUUAGUGUUCUUCUCAACAAGGGCAAUGGAACGUUUAUGUCUCAAGUUACUUAUUCAACUGGUUCUGGUUCUGGUCCAUAUUCAGUAGUAAUCGGUGACAUAAAUGGUGAUAAUAACCAAGAUAUUAUCGUCGCAAAUCCUGGUUCGAAUGCCAUCGGUGUUUUUCUCGGUACAGGCAAUGGAACAUUUCUUUCUCAAUUAAGUUACUCGGUUGGUGCUAGUCCGCAUUCAGUAGCAGUAGGUGACGUGAACAAUGACAAUAAAAUUGAUAUCGUUGCAGCAAACUAUGGUACGACCACCAUCAGUAUUCUCUUACAUUGUUGA